GUCCGCUAUAUUGAAGAUGUCAGCCGAGAAUGGUCUACUCCAAAGAGAACUGCGGGGCCUUUGCUCUUGUAGAAUCUGGAAAGUCAGAUGUUGACAAAGAAGACUUCGAGGAACAUGGACUUCUGACACAUUUAAAUGACCUGUCAGUCGAGGAGGAGGAAAGAGAAGAAGAGAGAGAAGACGAGGAGGAGUUUCGAGAGUACUAUUUGAAGUGUGGAGGAAGAGUGGCUCAAACAAGAACAGCAAUCGUACACAAACUGAAUGAACACAAGACUAUUAUCGGUCGCGUUGUUGGGUCUGUCAUAUUAGUUGUCUACCUGGUGUAUCUUGGCUUCUGCAUAGACUACUCGUUUGGGGAUGAAGGCUCUGUCAGGCUUGUCUGGGGCACGUGUUUUGUUUUGUUUCUUGUUGGCUACAGCAACUUCAGCGGGAAAAUCUUCCAGAAGAUCAGAGAAGGUUGCAGAUGCCAGACCCUGAGAAGGCCAAUAGUUCGAAAAGGAAUCAGAUGGUUCCUGUACUUGUCGAUACUUUUGUUCAUUAUCACGUACCUGUGUCUAACCAUUCUACAAACAAGUCCAAAGAACUUCACCUCCCUCGCAGGACUGGUCUUCUUCAUAGUUAUCGGUUACAUAUUCUCCAAACGCCCAGACCUGGUCAACUGUGGCAUGCAGUGUUCUGGGGGCAUUACAACACAGUUUCUGUUUGCGCUGUUCAUCCUCCGGUCGAGAUUUGUUGGAUACAGCGUUUUCAACUGGUUGGGAGAGAGGCUUGAAGAAUACAUGAGACACACAGACAAAGUUCUCGGUUGUGUUUGGGGACAGCUUCAGAGAUCCUGGUUUGUGUUUGUGAUUUGUACAGGGUGGCACGUUCUGGAGUAA